GGGUUGCUAGCGAGGAUAUUACUGAUAUCAGACAUCGGGAAUUCAAUUUGAAUUUUAUUCAUACUGGUAACCAUAUGAGGGUGACCAUGACCUGUAAUCAAAUAGCUUCACAUACUCUCGCCCUUCCAUCGGCGAAACUCCCACUUUCCAGAUGCAAGAUGUCCGCUCCAUUUGCUGGAAGUGGACAACACACCAGCCUUCAUGCGACAUAGGUAUUAAGUCGCUCUAUCCAAACAAAGCUUAUUGGAAACCGUCAACCAAAUGGUGUAUGAGCGAGAUACUGCAAUUUGCAAUCACAUUUGCUUCGGGAGGAGUAUCUAGAUAUCUUCUUAUAUCCUACCGUAGUACAACACACCCGACCCAAUUCUUCUUGUGCAACUCUUGCAACGCGUCGGAUUGUAUGAGUCCUAUACUCUUCAACUUCUGCGGAGCUGGCCACUCGGACAGCCACUAAGCAGCAAGUCGACUCCAGUGGUUCGCAACAACUAUUCGAGUUUGCCCGCGCUCCCCUACCCUGCUCUACUCAAGCACAGCCGUGCCCGAAGAUCGAACACUUUGUCCAUAAUCGAACGCGGAGGAGGGCGUCAUUUGCUGGG